AUGCGGGGGGCGAGGCGGCUGGCGGCUCUGCUGUGCCCCCUCUCCCUGCUCGUCACCGCGUCGUGGGGCGUCCGCUUCCACCCCGGGCAAGAGACCUUGGUGAAGCAGCUCUCCUCUUAUGAAAUCAUAACACCUGUCCGAGUGAAUGAGUUUGGAGAAGUUUUCCCGCACACGCAUCACUUCAGAAGGAGGAAAAGGAGCUUGGAGGCACCGCUGGAGCCCGCUGCUUUCCGGACGCAUUACCAGCUCAGAGCGUACGGGCAGGUCUUCCAGCUGAACCUGAGUGCUGAUGCAGGAUUCCUCGCUGCUCAGUACACGGUGGUGCACGUCGGGGCCCCGCAGAAACAGCCGUCCUCUGAUUUGCGGCACUGUUUCUACCGCGGGCAUGUCAAUGCCCAGGAAACGCACAUGGCUGUCUUCAGCAUCUGUGGUGGUUUGAUGGGCACCUUCAAGGCACAUGAUGGUGAAUACAUUUUAGAACCUCUGAUGAAAGCAGAUGGAGGUGAACAUGAAGAUGAACAUAACAAACCACAUCUUAUAUACAGACAUGAUGAACUUAAAAAAGAGUAUCAGAAAUCCUAUAAACCUUGUGAAGUUUCAGAGAAAGAGUUGCAGAAGAGCACUUUAUUACAUCCAACCUUCAGCAGUUUAGAUGAAAAGAGCAGCAUUUUACAGAAGUCUCUCAGUUCAGAGUAUGCUUUAAAUAACAUCUCCGUAGAGGAUGGUGGCAAUCCACAUUCCAGGAAGAAACGUUUUCUUUCCUAUCCAAGAUAUGUAGAAGUGAUGGUCACAGCUGACACCAAAAUGGUUCGUCACCAUGGGCAGAAUUUACAGCACUAUGUACUAACUCUGAUGUCAAUAGUUGCAGCUAUUUAUAAAGAUUCAAGUAUUGGAAAUCUUAUAAAUGUAGUUAUUGUCAAAUUAGUUGUAAUUCACAAUGAACAGGAAGGACCAGCUAUCACUUUUAAUGCAGCUACCACUCUGCGUAAUUUUUGCAUAUGGCAGCAAGCACAAAACACUUUGGAUGAUACUCACCCUUCUCAUCACGAUACUGCUGUUCUCAUCACGAGGGAAGAUAUCUGCAGAGCUAGAGAGAAGUGUGAUACUCUUGGUUUAGCAGAGCUAGGUACAAUGUGCGACCCACUGCGCAGUUGUUCUGUAAGUGAAGAAAAUGGAUUGAGUGCUGCUUUUACUAUAGCACAUGAGCUUGGACAUGUGUUUAAUGUGCCUCAUGAUGAUAGUUUUAAAUGUAAAGAAGCUGGACUUAAACACCAAUAUCAUGUGAUGGCUCCAACUUUAAAUUAUCAUACAAGUCCAUGGACCUGGUCAAAAUGCAGUCAAAAACACAUCACUGAAUUUCUUGAUACUGGUUAUGGUGAGUGCCUCCUAGACAAACCUAGUGGAGAAACAUUCCAUCUCUCCUCUCAGCUGCCUGGGUCAAUGUAUGAUGUCAACAAGCAGUGUGAGCUUACUUUUGGUAUUGGGUCACAAGUAUGCCCUUACAUGAAACAAUGCAAACGCUUAUGGUGCACAAGCACAGAAGGUGUUCACAAGGGUUGUCGUACUCAGCACAUGCCUUUGGCUGAUGGAACAGCUUGUGGUAUAGGCAUGCACUGCCGCCAUGGAAUUUGUGUGAGCAAAGAAAUGGAGCUGCGCCCUGUAGAUGGAGAAUGGGGACCAUGGGGGCCUUAUAGCUCGUGUUCAAGAACUUGUGGAGGUGGAAUCAAGAGCACCACCAGGCUGUGUAAUCGACCAGAGCCAAGGAAUGAAGGAAGGUACUGUGUUGGUCGCAGGAUGAAAUUUCGGUCAUGUAAUACUGAUUCAUGUCCAAAAGGCAAAAAAGAUUUCCGGGAGCAACAGUGCUCCGAGUUUGAUGGCAAGCACUUCAAUAUCAAUGGUCUUACCUCUGCUGUUCGCUGGCUUCCAAAGUACAGUGGUAUUGCUAUGAAAGAUCGCUGUAAACUUUUUUGCCGAGUUUCUGGAACAACUUCCUACUAUCAGCUGAAGGACAGAGUUGCUGAUGGUACUCCCUGUGGAGCAGAAACCAAUGACCUUUGUGUUCAAGGCUUAUGCAGGCAAGCAGGCUGUGAUCAUGUUUUGAAUUCAAAGGCAAAGAGAGACAAAUGUGGAAUCUGUGGUGGUGAUAAUUCUUCAUGUAAGACACUUGCAGGUACUUUCAACAGUGCUCAUUAUGGUUACAAUGUUGUAGUAAAUAUUCCCAAAGGAGCAACAAACAUUGAUAUUCAACAGCACAGCUACUCAGGGAAACCAGAGGAUGACAACUACCUUGCUUUAUCAGAUGCCCACGGAAAUUUUAUCUUGAAUGGAAAUUUUGUUGUGAGCAUGUCAAAAAGAGAAAUCAAUGUACAAGGAGCCAUUUUCGAGUACAGUGGUUCGAACAAUACCAUAGAACGAAUUAACAGCACUGAUAAAGUUGAAGAAGAACUAACCUUACAGGUUUUGUGUGUAGGGAAUUUAUACAACCCUGAUGUGCGUUAUUCAUUCAAUGUCCCGAUAGAAGAUGGAAGUGAUCUUUUUACAUGGGAUCCUUAUGGACCCUGGCAAGAUUGCAGCAGGAUGUGCCAAGGUAUUCGAAGAAGAAGAAUGACAUGUAUACGUAGAAGUGAUGGUGUGGUAGUGUCUGAUCAAAGAUGUGAACUUAUACCCGCUGUACCAAGUGUCUACGAGCAGUGUAAUACAGACUGUGAAUUAAGGUGGCACAGUGUUGGCAAAAGUGACUGUACAUCGAAGUGUGGCCCAGGACAUCGGUCUGUUGAGAUCCACUGCAUGAAGUACUCUAUUGCAAGAGGACUCAGUGCUCCAGUGGAGGAUAAGUACUGUGCUGAUCAGCAGAAACCACCAGCCAGAGAGCCUUGCCACGGUGACUGUACGUUAAGAAGUUGGCACUACACAGAAUGGUCAGAGUGUUCCAGGAGCUGUGCAAGAGGUGUCAGAACCAGAGAAGCUUUUUGUAUGAACAACUUGGGACGUCAUCUUCCUGACAGAGAAUGCCAGGAACUUCCAAGAGUUGUAACGCAGAGCUGCAAUGAAUUCUUAUGUCCAAGCUGGUCUGUUACUGACUGGAGUGAGUGCCCUGUGACAUGUGGCAAAGGAAUGAAGCAUCGUCAAGUCUGGUGCCAACUUAAUGAUGAGCAACUGAGAGAUGAUUUCUGUAACCCAAAUGACAGACCAGAGUCAAUAACACCAUGUGACCUUCAUGAAUGUGCAUCUUGGCAAGUAGGGCCUUGGGGAUCAUGUGCGGUAACAUGCGGACGCGGGUACCAGGUGCGCGCAGUCAAAUGUGUUACUGGGACGUACCGCGCAAUCCUGAGCGACGACAGGGACUGCAAUGCUGCCACUCGUCCUAGGGACAGCCAAGAAUGUGAAUUGCCCUCUUGUCCAGAAAAUACAAAAUUAUGGACUACUUCACUUCCUCUAGUUCAUGUGGGGAAGGUGACCCAAUGGAGAUAUGGAUCAUGGACCCCAUGCUCUGCAUCCUGUGGGAAGGGCGAUCGUGCUCGCUAUGUGAGUUGCAGAGAUGCUCAUGGAGAGAUAGCAGAUGAGUCUUUGUGUGCUCAUUUACCACGACCUGCUGAAAUUUCAAGCUGCUUUAGCCCAUGUGGAGAGUGGAAAGUUGGAAAUUGGUCCCCUUGCACAGUUACGUGUGACAGUGGAAUAAUAACAAGACAAGUCAUCUGUGUCAAUUAUCAUCAGCAAAUCAGUGAGAAUUACUGUGAUCCUGAAGGCCGACCUCCUAAGGAACAAGAAUGUAACAUGCCACCAUGCCCAGUUUAUCAUCAUGUUCCAAAACUACAUGACCAUCCAAGCCAUUUUCCAGAAACAGGUUACCUCCCAAUACACCCUCCACAAGACAAUUUAAACCAGUGGAACCGUCCUUCCACGGGAGUAUAUCAAUGGAGAACUGGACCCUGGGGAGCAUGCUCUAGUACUUGUGCAGGUGGAUUUCACCGCCGAGUUGUAGUGUGUCAAGACGAGGAAGGAAGAAGUGCCAGUAACUGUGAUGAGGCAACAAAACCUUCAGAGUUGAGACACUGUGAUUCUGGACCCUGCCCGCAAUGGAACUUUGGGAACUGGGGAGAAUGUACUCAGACUUGUGGAGAUGGAAUAAAGACAAGACUGGUGAUUUGUCAGCUUCCCUCUGGCCAAAUGUUGCGUGAUCAAAACUGUGAAAUUCUAGACAAGCCACCUAACAUGGCACAAUGUAAUGUGCAUUCUUGCCCUGGUGAUGUUUCUUGGCAUCGGGGACCGUGGAAAUCGUGUUCUGUUUCCUGUGGAAAAGGUUUGAAGUUUCGUGAUGUGCAUUGCAUUAACAGCUUCCAAACAAAAAUAGAAGAGGACAACUGCAAACAUUUGAAAAAACCACGAACACACAAAAUAUGUAGAGCUGGAAGAUGUCCUUCUUGGAAGGCCAGCAGAUGGAAAGAGUGCUCUGCAUCCUGUGGAGUGGGGGUUCAGCAAAGGGACGUCUCCUGCCAGGUGUCCGGCCUGGGGCGGGUGAGCGACGCCCUGUGCAGCCGCGGCCGGCGCCCUGCCAGCACGAGGCACUGCCAGCGGCGCCCCUGCCCGCAGCACCGCUGGCUGGCACAGCGAUGGGGAAAUUGUUCAGCAUUAUCUAGAAGGAAGGAGAUCUACAGGAAAGUAAAAUGUGUGAAUGAAAACCAGCUCCAAGUCGAUGACAGUUUCUGUGAUCCUGCCACAAAGCCUCCAUCAUCCAAAACCUGUGGAGUAUCUCCCUCUAAAUAUGUUGUGCUCACAGGAGAACUGUCACAGUGCUCAGAGAGCUGUGGGUUUGGUCACCAGCAGAGGAUCCCCUACUGUGUUGGAAUCCACUCUGUGCAAAGGCGGCGCGUGCGCGGCCUUCGGGCUGUAGCGUACCCAGAGUGCCCGGUACAGCCAUCCCCCUACAUUCACAGAUGCAACCUCAAAGGAUGCUCACAAGCAGCUACCUGGACAGUGGGGAAGUGGACCAAAUGCUCAGCGUCUUGUGGAGUGGGGAUAAAGCAGAGGACAGUUGAGUGUAUGACUGAAAAUGGCUUAUCUAGUGACUUGUGCCUGCCCCAUUUAAAACCAGCUGCCAGAAAGAUCUGCCAUGAGAAAGAAUGUGAAAUUCUUACCACCUGCAAAGAUAUGCAGAUUAAAAAAGGGAUGAGAAGGGAUGGUGAAUACCUACUUAACGUUAAGGGAAGGAUGAUAAAGAUUUAUUGCUCAGGCAUGAACUUAGAGAAUCCCAAAGAAUAUUUGACAUUGGUAAAAGGCGAAGCAGAAAACUUUUCUGAAGUAUAUGGAUACAGGUUGCAGAAUCCAUAUGAAUGUCCCUUCAAUGGAAGCAGAAGGCAAGACUGUGCCUGUCGAAAUGAUUACCUUGCAGCUGGCUUUACGAUUUUUAGCAAAAUAAGAUUUGAUGUGGCAUCUAUGCAAAUUAAAACUACAGAUUUUCUUUUUGCUCAGACUAUACUGGGGAGAGCAGUACCAUUUGCUACAGCUGGAGAUUGCUACAGUGCAGCCAGAUGUCCACAGGGCCAGUUCAGCAUUAACUUGGCUGGUACAGGUCUGAGAUUAUCCAGUACAGUGAGAUGGGUUGCUCAGGGCAACUAUGCCACUGCUGACAUACACAAAUCCCACGAUGGUACUAAAAUAUAUGGAAGAUGUGGAGGAUUUUGUGGAAAAUGUGUUCCUAACACAAUUAUUGGUCUCCAACUUCAAGUACAGUGA